AUGCCAGUGGUGUAUGGAGGAGAGGGGGCGGGUGAGAAAGAUAAAACUGGCUCUACUUGGGUCCGCGUGCAGCCGAAGGAAGUCGUGUCUAGAAGUAUUGAGAGGAAAAAUCCGCCCUCCCCAUAUUGAAAAGAUAUGUUUCCGAACAUUUGUGUUGCUGAUUUGUGACCACAAAUCAGGUUUGUCUUGCAAGAAGACAAGUGCAGAGGCAUCCGCCCAAUUGUGAAGCGAUUUGGCAUGCUGUUGGUUCUAGAGGGUAGCGGUUUGCAAUGCUGAACAACUAGACCUGAGCGCUCCCACCGAGGCUGCGGAUCUGGCAGGAGUGCCGUACUGCAAGACAAGUCGGAUUUGUGUACACAAAUCAGCAUCAGAAGUUUCCAUUUUGAUAUGGGGAGGGGGGAUUUUUCAUUGUGAUAAGAAUUAGUUCCUCUACUUCGCAAACAGUCGUGGAUCAAGGCACCAAUGCGGAACUGAAUACAGCAUCUGGACCAGGAGAUGUUGAACAAAGUAGAACGAGUCAUACUGAUGUAUCACAGGCUUCAACAACAACAACCGUUAAAACUUCUUCAUCCAAAACUGCGAUCAACUCCGCCUCCCGCAGAGAGCGCAACAAACACCAGUACGCCGAAGCCAGUUCGCACAUCAAGUGGUAUGAUAAUGCGCACCAGCACCAGCACCCGGGGUCGCAUUCUGCGGUAGGAGGGCAGCAGCAGAAGGGUACUACUGAAGACUACGACGCCAGUGGGGCGUUGCAGGUUGUACUAGCAAACCAAAAAUCAGUGUCAGGCACUUCGGACGUCGCUGCUAGUAGUUCUUCCAGUGGGCGUGCAGGUGCAGAUACCAACUCCGGUACUUCUCCCGGUUCGGGCUUCACGGCCAGCCACGUUGUCACUUUGGGCCUUUCCGGGGAGCAGCUGUCUACCGCCAGUCUCGCGAUGACGAAAGAGAGUUCAUCUUCUUCGCCCGUAGACGACGCUGCAGAGAAACUGGUGGAGUACUACCUGAUUGCCUACUAUGGAUGUGUCACGAUUGAAAUCGACAGAGUUCAAAUAAUUUGUCAUGCAUAAAAUGCAAGGCAUGAAAUGCCUGUCUUGCCGGGAUGGCAAGUGAGGCAGAUUGUGAGCCUAUUUAGGGUUAGGGAUAGAGCUGCUGAAGGAGCAUGACAAAAGCGGUCUUCUGUGCCCAAACAGCAUCACAAAUUGGAUUUUGGCUCUACCCGAAUUUAUCAUGUGCCGCUUGAAAAUUGGGCUUCCAACUGGUAUCCAUUUUAUGCAUGACAAAUCAUUUCAACUUUGUCGAUUUCAAACCUGACGCUUCCAUACCUACACCUACUUCUGCCUGGAGGUGAUCGCGGGCGUGGGGCUUUUGCUGCUUUUGUACAAGUAUCAAUUGCAAAUAUGUCUGGUCUGUAAAGGUGCAACGUUUGUCAUGCAUCUCGUGGAACACAAAGUUGGUCUGUGAUGCGCCUACAUGCAUCACAGAUUGUGCAAGAAGUCCUUCACGCGUAUAUCGCAUGAGAAAUUCGUCCUCUUUGUGGCUAGAAGUUGGUAGGAACUUUUGCCGUCCAUGCACCUACACAGAUACUUGUCUACUCCAGACGUAGCAUCACAAGUUCCAAUAUUCCAGAUCCAGGCAUAUUUGCAGUGCAUAGCAAGUUCCUUGGGCAGGCGUUCUUCAUCCACCGGGUGUUGCCGAAAGUAGUGUCCGGGGGCGAGGUAUCCACUGCAAAUAUGUCUGGGUCGGGAAAAGUCGGGGUUUGUCAUGCACAUUUGGCAUGACCCGUGCGGUCAGUGAUGCAGGUCCUAGCAUCACUUAUUUUUGGAUAGCUUCUUGAUGCUUAUCACGCAUGAGAAAUGCCCUCUCCGUGCGCUAAGAACUGGACUCCUUUUGCUGCUCAUGCAACACAGAUAUUUUUAGGAUCCGCAGACAGCAUUACUCCAGACCGAGACAUAUUUGCAGUGAAUACGAGGGGGCUGUUUUUCUCCAUACAGGAAGGGAAGAUGAUGGUGUUCGUAGCGGUGAGGAGGAGAUGGCGCCGAUGGUCGAAGAAGAAACAGCUGCUGUUGGGAAGAUUUCUAGCAAGAGAAAUUCUUCUGUCCGUGACAGCACAACAAAUCACGAUCAGGAACUGGAACUAGUCGAAGAGCCAGUGUUGGAAGUUUUAGACGAAAUCACCGGCGAGCCGCGGAUCGUGCAUUCCUCCGCGGCGAGUAGAUUAUCUUCGAGCAUGACCAGAAGGACGUCGUCAAUCAAUGAACUGGCAGGAACUCCACAGGAAACAACUACGGGCAGAGGUACUACUGAAGAUUCUUCGCCUCUCGCCGGUGCAACUAGACAUUCAUCAUCUCCCAGCCGAACGCCAAGCCAAGGACGAGAUCGUCGUAGUAACAGUUCUACUCCCUCCUUCCAGCAACUCCAGCAGGCGGAGCUGAAUUCCACAAAACAGCUGGUCAAGCACUUUCUGUACCUGCUGAUUUUCCAGGUGUUUCUGUUCGCCACCGAGACCGGGAUCUUGGACAUGUGGCUGAUUCUCCACCUAGAUCCCCAGUUUUCCGUCGCUUUGUUGCCGAUGCUGAAGGAAUUAGAGUCGAAAGAGAAGGAGUUAGCGACUUCGGUCAUGGACGACUUGCGAAACAAAAAGUUCGACUACGGGAGCGGCGCGGGGUUGGCGACAGCCGCUGUAUUAAACGCCCAUCUUGCAGCGCCGGCUGCGACUGGUGCUCAAGGGAACAAAUUAGCAGGAACUACUAGUUCUGCUUCUGGUAGUUCUACUAUUAAAAGCGCGGAAGAAGAACUACCCAGUGGGGCAGGGGAGAUGUUGGCAGAGAAAAAGUCAGAAGACGCAAACGGGGGGCACACUGGAGCUGGUACGAACCAAACUGCAGCGCACAGUACGGCCUCGGUAAGUGGUGCCUCUGUAUCAACAAAAAAGCCCAGUAACAGAAACAUCGUGAGCACUUUGACGGGCGACGACUGGAUUAAGCUUCAUUUCCUCCGAGCCAUGUCCCGCCACUCCGGCUGGAUGCCGCAGACAGAGUCUUCGGACUUGACCGCAAUAAGGCAAAUCGUCGAGGAUUUGCGGACAAAGGAGGAGGACGACGGUGGAGAAGACGACGACACAAGCAUAAUUACCCCAGCGGAUUUUGAAAUAUCAAAAAAGAGCUAUAGGAAAAAAAAGCACGACUCUUCUUCUUCGUCAAGCAAAAGAACUUCCAAAAGCGGCCUCCACACGAUGAACAAACAGCGGCCGAAAGACCGCACCUCGUUUUCGGAUCUUUACGAGUUCAUCCCGUACUAUGGAACUGUCAGGAUCAAAAUCGUCAAAGUUGAAAUGAUUUGUCAUGCAGAAAAUCGAUACCAGUUGGAGCCUCAGUUUGUAAGUGGCGCAUGACAAAUUUCGCGAGCACCCAAAUCCAGUCUCUCAUGCUGUUUGGGCAAAGAAGACUGCGCCUGUUAUGCUACUCUGGCAGCGCAUUGCAUACCCCUAAACAGGCCCACAAUCGGUCUCAUUUGCCUGCUCCGCAAUACAGGCCUCCAGCGCCCUACAUUUUACGCAUCACAAAUUUUUCGACUUUGAUUCUGACACAUCCAUACGUACAAGAGGCCGAGAGUGAACCUCUGCGUCGCACUGAACGGCUUCGACUUGCCACAAUAUGACUUGCCCAAGCGUUACAAUCUCAAGCGGUACAAUAGAAUCUGGAAUUUGUGUUGCAUGAUGAGCAUGACAGACUCGCACAGCGUUCCACCUUUUGCAAUACAAAUUUCGCCAGAUCCUCGUGGGGUUUGGGGCUCCGGAACUUGUCAUGCGCAAUCCUAUGAGACUUGGCUAGAUCAUGCACUCUUGCAUCACAGAUUUCCAUAUUCUAUUGUAACGCUUGAGAUUGUAACACCUGAGCGGGUUAUACACAAUUCCUCGCUUUUCUGCAGGAGGCGGAGCAUUUUUUCCCGCUGCACAACGAUCUGGCGGUAUCAUUUGUAAAAACGCUCCCACCGCCCCAGAGUUGUAAUGCAAAUCUGCAUGCUGAGCAUGUUUUUCAUGCGGAGACCCAUGAGAAGCAGUUUCUAGUCGCGUUUUGGGAUUUGUGAUGCUAGAAGAAGCAUGACAUGCUAGAUCUGUGAUGCUGCUGAGCAAGCUAAACAGGAUUACACUACGAGAGGCCAAACUUGUCAUGCGCAACAGCAAAAGCUGACAGAUUUGUCUAGCAGAUUUCCCAGCUUGACUCUGGUGUGGGGACGUUUUUACUCAGGAUAGGCGGUCGUGAUUGAAGUGGAUUUGACGAAGGUUCUGGAACACCUGCUGGUGAAAGUCGUGUCUGAAAACCAGGCCGGUGAAGAUCACGUGCCACCUAGACGGUCAUUACAAGAACAGCCAGGAGGGGUCGUCGACGUCCAAACGGCAGAGCAAGCACAAACGGUCGUUACACACACCAUAGCGCCCGCCGGUGGUCUUGCGGCAGGAGCAGCAACAGCAGUCGCAGCGGCAUUACCCGCUUCGGCAGGUAGUAGUACUUUCGUCGAAAAAGGUAGUAGUACCGCAGUACAGCAUGCAGCAGCCGGUUCUCAGCUUGGUUCGAAAGCGUCCCCGGCCGACAAGGUUCUCGCAAGUGAAGCGGAAGAGGAGGAAGUUAGGAAAGUCGGCGCCGCGGCGGAACAAGAACAUGGACAACCGACUACUGUAGCAGCAGCAACAGCUGCAACGACGGUAACGCCAUCUACUGCUACUGCUGUGCCCGUACCACCACCAGCAGUUCCUGUAGUUUCACCUCCUGUGAGGAGCAAGAGGAAGAAAACGUUGGUGGAUGCUUUUUUGCAAGAAACCAGCAAUAACGUCGCAGAAGAGGACCACGCAGGUCCAGCUGGAGCUGCACUGUCGCAGGACAAUAAAUUCACCGUCUUGUUCAACGACCAGAAGCUGCAAGUGAUGAAGAAAGCCAUCCGGGAGGCGGGCUGUAAAAUCAUUCUCUUAUGCAUUGCAAAUAUGUGCGGGUCUGGAUGAAGGAUGUGGACUUGUCAUGCGCGUUUCGCAUGAGCCAUGAUGUCUGUGAUGUACGCCCUAGCAUCACAGAUUUUUUGAGGCCGUCUUGAUGCCUAUCCCGCAUUACAAAUGCCCUCUUCGCGUAGCAAGAGUUGGACUUCUUUUGCUGCUGAUGCAAUACAGAUUUUUUUAGAAUCUGAACACAGCAUCACAAGUUGCACUCUUCCAGACCCAGACAUAUUUGCAUUUGAUAUCUCUCCAAGUCCGACAACCUGAGCGGAUGCUAUCCUGAGCAAAAACGUCCCCACCCCAUAGUCAAGAUGGGAAAUCUGCUAGACAAGUCCCCAAGUUUUGGCUGUUUUGCAUGACAGGUUUGCCUCUGCAGUGUAGUGCUGGUUAGCAAGGGAAGCCGCAUUAGAAAGCCACUUUCUAAUCCUGCUUACAGCAUUACAAAUUCCAAAACACGAUUGCAAAUGCUUCUCAUGGAGCUGCGCAUUACAAACGUUCCUGUCAUUGCGCAUUUGCAUUAGAACUCUGGGAUGGGGACGUUUUUACACAGGAUAGCUGUCACGUCUUCUUCAUCGACCCAACGGAAUACCAGGCGUUUUCCCGGGGCAUUCGGGAGCGGAAAACGAACGGAGCUCGGGGGAGUGGUGUUCUCGGGGUGCACAGAGACCUGGUCGCGUUCUUCUUCAGAUCACUGUACUUAUUGCAUUUCAAUUUUUUCCUUGAGUUACUACUAGGUAGUGUUAAAAAGCAAUGUGCAAGUAGUGCAUACCGUACAGCAAGGUACUACUUACAACAAAGACAAUAAACCCGGCUGUUGAAUAAAACCAGGUUUCAUAUCCCCACCCCGGCACAACAACAACAAGACGCGACGUCACAGAACCAGUUCCGUUCCGCCCGAUACAAUGGUAGUAAAGUGCACCAACAUAAUUCUGACCCCCUACCCGAAGUUUUCCCGAAUCGGAACACCGACGUAACGCUUCUGUACGAAGCGGUGAAAGAGUGGAAUCCGCAGUUUUACGUGGAGCUCACGCCGCGGAUUUUUUUCCGGCAUUUGCUGUUCAACGCGAAAGACCACGACCAGAAAAACACGUUUUGGGAACAGGUGAUCAAAACUCACGUUUUAUCCAAUUCCGCGAACAACCAGCACCACUUCAUGACGAGCGUCGACGGCAAAGAACAGUUCCGGUUCCAACUGGCGAGUUUUGUGAAUUUCAACCCGGACACGCCGAAGAAUCUGGCGGGAAAAUUACUGAUCAACACGACGGGGACGAGAUUAGUCCGGCUUUUGUGGUUGUUGACGAACAAUUUCUUUUACCAAAAACCCUGGCACUUGAAGCAGUUUUUGAAGAGCAAGAACGCAGCGGAGGACUUGGGGCUGGUGUCGAGCUUUGAGAAAAACAUGGAAGAGAAAAACGUGUUGCACUUGACCAGCAACUAUCAAGUGCAAAAAUGUCUGGGUCUGGAAACUUGUAAUGCUAAAAAUGAAUGAUAGACGCACUGCAGUACGCAGCUAUGCAUGGCAAAUUUUUUGGCUGCCAUGUCUUACGUAUUCCGCAUGGCAAACUGCGUUUUUGCAUGACAGGUAAGAGGGCUUUUUCGUGCCUAUGCAACACAGAUUCUCGAGUCAUGCCAGACAAGCAUGACAAACUUGCAUUCUUCCAGACCCAGACACUUUCACAUUUGAUAGCAACUACAAAAACUUUUACACGGGGCUGCCGCAGAAGGAAUAUGCGGUCUAUCUGUGGACGGAAUCUAUGCUGGAUCGCGGAAAGCCUUCCCCGCCCAACGCGAUCGGAAUCUCCGAGCAGUGGAAAACGAACCCACUGGUCGUAUGCAAGAAAAAAACUGUGUAAGUGUAAAUCUGUGAUGCAGAAAAUGCAAAACAGUUACACUUGUCAUGCCCAACAUGCCUGAUCGGCUCCCUUCCCAGGUGUUUUCCCUUCCUAUCUGCGCAUAACAAGUUUGUCCUGUGGUCGUGGCAGACAAACUUGUGAUGCAGUUUUCCCAAAAGACUUACACUAACACAGUUUUUUUCUUGGAUAGGUCGCGAGCUUCCAGGACGACAACCCGACCGAGACUUUGCUCGAGCACGUGGGGCACUUUUCGAGUUUGGAGAAGAAAAUCCAACUCCUGCACGAUACCCGGGCGGGGCUGGCAGCGUGGAACAAAGAACAUUUUGACAGUUCUAUCCCGAGUAAAAACGUCCCUGCCUUCCCAGAGUUGUCAUGCAAAUCUGCAUGCCAAAAAAGUUUCUCAUGUGGAGCCCCAUGAGAAGGAUUUUCUAGUCGCGUUUUGGAGUUUGUGAUGCUAGAAUCACCAUCAUGUGCUAGAUCUGUAAUGCUAAUGAACUAGCUGAUGAACAGGAUUACACGAUCAGGGUAGAUCACUUCUCAUGGGAAACAACCAAAGUUGGUUGAUUUGUCUAGCAGAUUUCCCAGCUUGACUCUGGUGUGCGGACGUUUUUGCUCAGGAAAAGUUUCCCCGAGAUGGAGCACGAGAUCCACGUGAAAAUGCCGGAAAAAGGGUCCCUAUCAAAUGCAAAUAUGUCUGGGUCUGGAAACUUGUAAUGCUGAAUGGUCAUGAUUGAUUGCGCCUUUAAAUGCAGUGGGGCAUGACAAAUUUUUCAAACGCUUUCUCAUGCGCAGAACGCAUUCCAAAUUGCGCUUUUGCAUGACGAAAGUUUGGCGCUUUCCUUGCUGCUUAUGCAAUACAGAUUUUUUAGAUAUGCGAAACACGCAAUACAGGUUCGACCUUUCCAGACCCAGGCGUAUUUGCAUUCGAUAGUCCAUGAGCGUGGACAAUAGCAAAGCCUUCGCUCGGAUCGGGGUCCCGGUGGGGGAGAAGGGUUGGUCGCUGGAAAUGAACUUCUUCAACAACAUAUCAUUUGGAAAAACGUCCCCACCUUCCCAGAGUUGUGAUGCAGAUUUGCAUUGACAGGAACAUUUGCAAUGGGCAUCUCUCCAUGAGAGGUGUUUCUAGUCGUGUUUUGGUAUUUGUAAUGCUGUGACCAGGAUAAGCAGAUGUAUUUGUGAUGCGUUUGUCCUUGCUAACCUGCAAUACCUUACGGACUGCAACUUGUGAUGCGUGAGUCCCAAACCUUUUGGGUUUGUGUUGCAAAAUCCCCAUCUUGGCUAUGGGGUGGGGACGUUUUAUUUACACAGGAUACAACAAACGCUGGCCGGGGCUGGAACAGAUGUCGAGCAAGGCGUGGCCGGUGCAGUACAUGGAGUUUACGACCGUUGCGAAAAAGUUCGAAGAGUGGUUCUUGGAAGUGAACUGUGUCAGGUCGAAAGAGUUGGUAGAAAAGAUCAAGGCGGAGCUAGCCCGGUAUGUGAGGAUGCGAAGAAGAAGUGGGAAGGAAAAUAGAAGUGGGUCUACUUCACUGUCAUCUUCAUCAUCUUCCGCAGCAGCGUCGGCCAAACCUGGCCUCUCUCCCCCCAACAGCAAGCCCGAGCCGAAGGGUACUAAGCCGGGUCCUGCGCCGCCAAAACCCCCACCAGCGAAUUCCGCAGUAGUUCCGACCGAAGAGCAGAUUCACUAUUUCGAUCGCUUAUCCGCCCCGGGUAUCAAAUGCAAAUAUGUCUGGGUCUGGACGAGUGCAGGAGUUUGUCAUGCAGAUUUAGGAUGCCCCGCUUGGCCUGGGAUGCAGUGGACAGCAUCACAAGUCUUGCGAGGGCUCUGCAAUGCAUAUCCCGCAUGAAAAAUAUUCUUUGCGCAUGGCCAAGAAUGGGCAUCUUCUGCUACCCGCGCAAGACAAAUUUUGGUGUGAUCUACAGGACGCAUCACAAGUUCCAAUCUUCCAAACCCAGACAUAUUUGCAAUGCAUAUCGGAGCUGCAGGAACUCCUCACCCACGGGGUCGCUUUGAGUAUGAAGAAGUCCUACAAGCUCCGGGGGGGCCACCAGGUGUUCUGGUCCAACCCGUUUCGGUAUGACAGUGCACAACUCCCCCUCCCCCUCAUUUGAAGGGCAUAAGCAGCAACACAAGUACUGGCAUAAAUUCAGCUUUUGCAUGACAAAUUCGCUACCGAUUCUAGUGCUGUUUCAGCUUCCGGAACCUGUCAUGCAAGGAGUUCUUAAGAGAAAGGGGUGGAUUUGGUAUUUUGCAUGACAAAUGAGGGGGAGGGGGAGUUGUGCGUUGUCAUUUUCGGGACAAGCUCUGCGAGUCGAUCCGGAUCCAGUUUUUCUGCCGCAGUUAUUCUGAGUAAAAACAUCCCCACGACCCCAGAGUUGUCAUGCAAAUCUGCAUGCCAAAAAAGUGUCUCAUGCGAAGCCACAUGAGAAGCUUUAUUUUCUAGUCGUGUUUUGGGAUUUGUGAUGCUAGAAAUAGCAUGAUGUGCUACAUCUGUGAUGCUGCUGAACUAGCUAAACAGGGUUUCACUACGAGGAUCGAAACUUGUCAUGCGAAACAACCAAAGCUGGCUGAUUUGUCUAGCAGAUUUUCCAUCUUGACUCUGGUACUAUGGGGACGUUUUUACUCAGGAUAGCAGUUGGCGGGAUUUCGCUUUCGAGAAAAUUUACCUUCGGUCGCGGCCGUUACCCGUCUUGGUGCCGAUGUUUCAGACGCCAAGUAUAAUUUCUAGCCCGUUGAUAGUAGCACCGAC